AUGGUCGACUACAGCUCUAUGAAAGUUCCCGAGCUCAAGAAGCUUCUCUCCGAGCGUAGCCUCCCUCAGUCUGGCAAUAAGGCAGACCUUAUCGCCCGUCUCCAAGAGUACGACAAGCAACUGGCUGCCAAAAAUGCGGAGCCGCAGGCCGACUCCAAGAAGCCUGCUCCUGCUGAGGAUGAGAUCGAUUACGAGGAUGACGACCUUCCGGCGACCACAACUACCACUACCGCGACCAAAGACAACAAGGAUACCGUAGCCGAGAAGCCUGCGGCCAACGAGAACGCACCAUCUGCUGUCUCGGCUCCCACUGCCAGUACCGAGGAAAAGAAGACGGAGCCUGCCGCUACAACUUCUGCAACAACAUCCGAGAAAGCCGCAGAAGAGAAGAAAACUGAAGAUGCCGCCACUGCCAAGACGACAUCGUCCUUCACACAGAACCUUCCUCCCACCGACGCGAAGACGGAAGCCGAAAAGCGCGCUGCGCGCGCCGCCCGUUUUGGUUUGGAUGUCCAGUCGGAAGAAGCCAAAAAGGCUGCUCGCGCGGCUAGAUUUGGCCUGCCGCAGGAGGCAGUGGCCGCUCUCGACAGUGCUCUGCCCGAGCGUGUUCCUCGUAAACGUGGUCGCAGUGGUGAGGGUGACAGCGAGGCCCGUGACAACAAGAGGCGCGAUCGUCACGGUCCCGCUGGUCGGAAUCACCAAGGCCGCGUUAGUUCUGGUCGGCAUCAGCCUCGUCGUGGCGGCGGCGGUGGUGGAAACAGGGGCAAUGGGUACGCCAAUGCCAGGAAGGGCAACAACAACGGCCCGAAGCCUGCAGUUAAGAAAAUCGCGGAUGAUCCGGUUGAGAGGGCGAAGAUGGAGGCCAGAGCUAAAAGGUUCGCUGCCAAGCCUGCUUCUUCUUAA